AUGGGUUUAUCUGCACGUAGUGUUGGGGUGUUUAUUCUUUUGCUUUUGUUUGUUGUUGAGUCUGUGGUGUUUGCUGAUGUUAAUAAGGGAGAUGAAGAUGAGAAGUUCUUGUUUAAGCAUCGUCGUUUUGGGGAUCGUAUUGGUGGGGGUUUAGGGCAUGGGAUUUAUAGUAAAGGGUUUAGACAUGGCGGAGGUCUUGGCCUUGGUGGAGGUGGUGGUCUUGGUGGUGGUGGUGGUCUUGGUGGAGGAGCUGGUGGAGGUCUAGGUGGAGGUGCUGGUGGUGGCUUGGGAGGUGGAGGUGGCCUUGGAGGAGGAGCUGGUGGAGGUCUAGGUGGAGGUGCUGGUGGUGGCUUGGGAGGUGGAGGUGGUCUUGGUGGGGGUGCUGGUGGUGGUCUUGGUGGUGGUGCAGGUGGUGGAUUAGGAGGCGGUGCAGGUGGUGGUCUAGGAGGUGGUGCAGGUGGUGGUGGUGGUUUAGGAGGCGGUGCAGGUGGUGGCCUAGGAGGUGGUGCAGGUGGUGGUGGUGGCCUAGGAGGUGGUGCAGGUGGCGGCCUAGGAGGUGGUGCAGGUGCAGGUGGUGGCUUAGGAGGUGGUGCAGGUGGUGGUCUUGGAGGUGGUGCGGGUGGUGGUCUAGGAGGAGGUGGGGGAGCCGGUGGAGGACUUGGUGGAGGUGGUGGACUAGGAGGAGGUGCUGGUGGCGGAGCUGGUGGAGGCAUUGGAGGAGGAGCAGGAGGAGGUGGAGGACUUGGAGGAGGUGCUGGUGGAGGCAUUGGAGGAGGGGUAGGAGGAGGUGGCGGAGCUGGAGGAGGCAUAGGUGGGGGAGCCGGUGGUGGUGCUGGAGGUGGUUUUGGUGCAGGUGGAGGUGCUGGAGGUGGUAUUGGUGGUGGUGCCGGUGGUGGUGGAGGAUUCGGUGGAGGAGGAGGUGGUGGCAUUGGUGGUGGUGGAGGUGCAGGAGGAGGGUUUGGAGCAGGUGGAGGCUUUGGAGCCGGUGCUGGUGCCGGUAUAGGAGGUGGCGGCGGUGGCGGCUUUGGUGGUGGAGGAGGCAUUGGUGGUGGUCUUCAUUGA